UACUCAGUUUCAGGUAGAAAACAUGAGCGGCUAGCCUCAGCCGGGGCAAAAUCGGGGUAUAUUGUUACAUUUUGUCUGUCUUUGGGCGACACAAGAUGGCAGCGAGCACAGAAGCCCCGGAGCCCUGGUAUCUAGCCCUGCUGGGCUUUGCAGAACAUUUCCGCACAUCGAGUCCGCCGAAGAUCCGUCUGUGCGUCCACUGUCUGCAGGCAGUGUUUCAGUUCAAGCCGCCUCCGAGGGUCGAGGCCCGGACUCACCUGCAGCUGGGCUCGGUGCUGUACCGGCACACAAAGAACAGCGAGCUGGCCCAGAGUCACCUGGAGAAAGCGUGGUUCAUAUCACAACAUAUAUCCCAAUUUGAAGAUGUGAAGUUUGAAGCAGCAAGUAUCCUAUCAGAGUUCUACUGUCAACAGAACUUGGUGGACUCUGCAAAACCAGUGUUGCGGAAGGCCAUCCAGAUCUCACAGCAAACUCCCUACUGGCACUGCAGACUACUGUUUCAGCUGGCACAACUACACGCACUAGAGAAGGACUUGGUAUCUGCCUGUGAUCUCCUCGGAGUCGGAGCAGAAUACGCAAGAGUCAUGGGCUCAGAGUAUACAAGAGCUCUGUUUUUGCUCAGUAAAGGAAUGCUGCUACUGAUGGAGCGGAAGCUGAGCGAGGUGCACCCUCUGCUGACGCUGUGUGGGACCAUUGUAGAAAACUGGCAGGGAAACCCCAUUCAGAAGGAAUCCCUCAGGGUCUUUUUCCUGGUGCUGCAGGUUACACACUACCUGGAUGCUGGACAGGUAAAGAGUGUGAAGCCGUGUCUGAAGCAGCUCCAGCAGUGUAUCCAGACCAUCUCUACUCUCCACGAUGAUGAGAUCCUUCCCACUAAUCCAGCAGCUCUCUUCCACUGGCUGCCAAAAGAGCACAUGUGUGUGCUUGUGUACCUGGUGACAGUGAUGCACUCCAUGCAGGCGGGCUACUUGGAGAAGGCACAGAAGUACACAGACAAAGCUCUCAUGCAGCUGGAGAAGCUGAAGAUGCUGGACAGCAAUCCCAUCCUGUCUACGUUCCAAGUCAUUCUGCUGGAGCACAUCAUUAUGUGCCGGCUGGUCACCGGACACAAGGCCACAGCCUUACAAGAGAUUUCUCAGGUUUGUCAGCUUUGCCAACAGUCUCCCAGGCUGUUUACAAAUCAUGCUGCUCAGCUUCACACACUACUGGGACUCUACUGUAUCUCAGUGAACUGCAUGGAUAAUGCUGAGGCUCAGUUCACAGCUGCUCUACAGAUGACAACGCACCAGGAACUGUGGACUUUUAUUGUGACCAACCUGGCCAGUGUCUACAUCCGGGAAGGCAACAGACACCAAGAGCUGUACAGCCUUCUAGAGAGAAUUAAUCCUGAUCACAACUUUCCCGUCAGCUCUCAUUGCCUGCGAGCUGCAGCGUUUUACAUCAGAGGGCUACUGUCUUUCUUCCAGGGUCGUUACAAUGAGGCCAAAAGAUUUCUCAGGGAGACCCUGAAGAUGUCUAAUGCUGAGGAUCUAAACAGGCUGACUGCCUGCUCGCUGGUCCUGCUGGGUCACAUCUUCUUUGUCCUGGGCAACCACAGGGAAAGUAACAAUAUGGUGGUUCCUGCGAUGCAGCUGGCCAGCAAGAUCCCAGACAUGUCUGUGCAGCUUUGGUCCUCUGCACUCCUCAAAGAUCUGAACAAGGCUUGUGGAAACACAAUAGAUGCCCACGAGGCAGCUCAGAUGCACCAGAACUUUUCCCAGCAGCUCCUGCAGGACCACAUCGCAGCCUGUAGCCUCCCUGAGCACAACCUCAUCAGUUGGACAGACGGCCCCCCCCCCGUCCAGUUCCAGCCUCAGAACGGACCUGCUACCAGCCUGGCCUCCCUGCUCUGAGAACAAAAUCCCACGCUGACUAAGAAAAGGAGACACAGAGGAGCAACUGCAGGGAAAUGACAUAAAACAGAUGAACAGAAAAAACGAGAAGCAGCUGAUGAAGGGGUAAGAGGAAGAGGAGGCACGAUAAUGAACAGUGUCAUUUGGCAGGCUUCCACUCAGUGCAUUCCUUCAACUAUUUGGGGCACUGGGGCAUCAUGAAUGGAUUUUAGGAAAUUUAAUGUUUUUGGAAAGUAAAAGGUGUCAAGGGCACAUUUGUAUUGCGCUGACACAGUUUGAAGUGGUUGUAAUAGUUUGUUCUACUAGAUCAAAAACAAAUUGGAGGAAAGGUUAUAUGAGAAGAUUGAUACCACUUGUAAAUAUGAAGCGUCUGCCAGCGGCCAGUUCGCUUAGCUUACCACAGAGACUCUCCAAACAGGAGGAAACAGCUGGUGUGAGUUUUAAUAAGCUUUGUAGGUGCUGGUAACAUGGCCAGCAUCUGGGUUUUUUCCAUCCUGGUGCUAAGGGGGAGCUUGACCAGUACAUGAGUUACAUACACAUAGAGACAGACAACCAUUCACGCUCACAUUCACACCUACAGCCAAGUUAGCAUCACCAAUUAAGCCUAGCCUGCAUGUCUUUGGCCUGUGGGAGGAAGCUGGAGUACCCAGAGAAAACCCAUGCACACAUGCAGGCUCUGCACAGAGGGGUUCAAACCAGGAACCAGGGACCCUGUUGCUGUGAGGCGACAUUGCUAACCACCGCACCACCACGCUGCCCUUAUAAAAAUGGCUUCAGGGUGCUUAACUAGGGCUACACAAAUUUGUGAUGUGGCUAUAGCAACCUCUAGCCCCCCUACAGCACUGUGCCUGGCUGGUUGGUGGAUUUUAUUACCUGUGGACAGACCCAGUCUAGCUCUUACACCUGUAGAGUGUUCCAGGGGUGACAUUUUCCUGUAGCCUCUUGCGGGAAGUAAUCGUCACCCUGGUUCCAUCCUCAAAAGGUCUGUGAGAUUUUUUCCAUUUAGUUUUGGAUUAUUGUAGAAAAUAAGCUCCAUGGCAAACAAACUUUUAUGAUACUUUUUUUGUUCAGCGAGAUAAUCUUCACAAACGAACACCACUUUUAUGAUUUUUGAAGCCUAAAUGCAAUCUCCAGAGUAAAAAGCUAACGUUAUAGAUAUAAAUGAACUACGCCAUAGUCACAUGACUUAACAUCUCUACCACAAUGAGGCUGUAAAGCAGCGUGUGGCGUGUUGACGUUCUGCAGUCUCAUUUAACCACCUUUUUUAAGACACUUUAAAGCUUCAAAGUGGGGUGUUUAGUGAUGUAUUUAAUGUCGUAGAA